UUUGAAACCAUCUGCCUCUUCUUCGGCGGUACCGUGGUUUCUCUUGGCGCUGUUUUCGUGUCAUUGCUUCGUGUUAGGACUUAGAAUUCGCUUCAAAGUUGAAACUGAGCUGCUGCUGCUGUCUUAUGCCAUGGUUUUCUGACUUUUGAGUUGAAAUCGAGCAGUUGAUGGAGUGGGCAGGAAUUUCGGUCCAUCCAGGAUUGUUAUGUGAAAUUAAUGAAAUCGGGUUUCUCCAAAAAAAAAUUGGGGGUAUAAAAUGGGGGGAAAAGCAGUCACAGUAUACAAGUCCACGCCGAAGCAAAAUAAAACUGGCUGAAGUCAAAUUGUCAAAUCAAAGUAUGCAAGCGGAGAGCAAUGGUUGCAUCAAUCAUGGCCUUGCCUUCGACUUGCCUGACAUAUGCCAUGACGAAGACAUCGUUUACAAGUCCAAGCAAACGAAUAUGAAAAGCAAGAAGGCCUUGAGAAGGUGGGCGUUGCAGACAUGUCGACUGUUGCCACUGCAGUUAUAUCGUCAGUCGCAGCAACCGUGGCGGUAGUAAUAACGAUCGCCGUGAUCAAGCGAUGCCGGCACACGCGGAAGAAGAUGCACAAGAAGUUCAUGUCCAAAAUCUCGGAGGAGAUAAGCAGAAGAAUCCACGACUGGCAAGCACCACCGGGCGCGGCCGGCUCCAUGGAAGACGAGGUGGUGAUCGAGAUCGGCCCCGUGGAGAAGUUCCUCCACGAGAUCAUGAACGAGAAGCCGAUGCGGUUCAGCUCGGAGCAGCUGGCGUGCUACACCAGGGGCUACGCGUCGGAGCUGGGGUCCGGCGGCUUCGGCGUCGUCUACAAAGGGGAGCUCCCCAACGGGCUGCAGGUGGCCGUGAAGGUGCUCAAGAUGUCGAUGAAUAAGAAGGUCCAGGAAGGGUUCAUGGCGGAGAUCGGCACCAUCGGCAGGACGUACCACGUGCACCUCGUCAGGCUCUACGGCUUCUGCUUCGAGAAGGCCACCAAGGCGCUGGUUUACGAGUUCCUGGAGGGCGGCUCGUUGGAGAAGUACUUGUACCACGACGACGAUAAGGAAGCAGAGGAAGGCAGGAAGAGGCUGGAGUGGAGCACGCUGCACGAGAUCGCUGUCGGCACGGCGAAGGGGAUCCGGUACCUGCACGAGGAGUGCCAGCAGAGGAUCGUGCACUACGACAUCAAGCCGGCCAACAUCCUGCUGACCGCCGACUUCGUGCCCAAGGUGGCCGACUUCGGGCUGGCGAGGCUCGGGGAGCGUGAGAACACCCACAUGUCGUCGCUGACCGGUGGGGGCCGCGGGACGCCGGGGUACGCGGCGCCGGAGCUGUGGAUGGCGCUGCCGACGACGGAGAAGUGCGACGUGUACAGCUUCGGCAUGGUGCUGUUCGAGAUCCUGGGCCGGCGCCGGAACUACGACCUGGCGCAGGCCGAGAGCCGGGAGUGGUUCCCAAAGUGGGUGUGGGACAAGUACGAGCAAGGGGACAUGGACACCAUCGUGUCGGCGGCGGCGGGCGUCGUCGGGGAGGAGGACAGGGAGAAGGCGGAGACCAUGUGCAAGGUGGCGCUGUGGUGCGUGCAGUUCCAGCCGGCGACGCGGCCCACCAUGAGCAGCGUGGUGAGGAUGCUGGAGGGGGAGAUGCCCAUCGUGCCGCCCGUGAACCCGUUCCACUACGUGUCCUUCAGCGGCAGCGGCGGCGAGAACUCCAGCGGGUCGGCGUUGACGACGGGCAGCACGUUCUUGAGCAGUCGGGACACGGGGACAGGGAGAGACAGCGAGCCGGUGUCGGUCGCGGCGAGCCCUCCUUCUAAGCCCACUGAUGCAAUCAUGAAAGGUGUUAAAUCGACUGAUGCAGCAGCAGUGAUGGUAUAGGCAGCGAGGGUCUGUGCAUUUGGUGUCAGUUGUCACGCAUGGAACGAAUUCCGCAUGAAGUUUGUUCUUCUGUCUGUUCAGUGUAAAAAAAGAGAGGCUGUUUCUGCUUUCAGUUUACAAGCAGAGAAAUAUUUUUGUAAAUUAGCAUUACGAGCUUAUGGCGUAAGUGUAUGUCGGAUAUGUCGGAAUUUCCAAGUUAGAUUUUUUUUUCCUGCCAGAGUUUU